CCCCCUCCCUCCUUGCUCACGGAGAAGCAAUGAGUAAGUUAGUCCGGCAAGCAGUCAGAAGCUGUAUUGGCUGCUCCCUCGCAUCCUCCAGCAGGCAGGAGUCGAGGUCUCUACCUGCUAGCACUGAAUCAGAAUGAGUCAUCUGAAACUUGGGUGCGGAAACAAAGUCCCUGCGAACCGCCUUAUGAGGCUCUGCCUCCUGUAGGUGGGAUAUACCUCUGAAGGCAGUCACAGUUUUUUCCCUCUUCCUUUCUCCUUCAGACAAGCGGGCAUCCUGACGCUCUCAAGAAGCCCUGUCUCUGCCCCACUGGCUCAGCUGACCGGACCAUGUGGACUCUGCCCCUCCAGGUCAGGACUGGAGUUUUAAAAUAAAAUGGAUGACGUGACGUUACUUGAUCUUCUGGAGUGCCCCGUGUGCCUUGAAAAGCUCGAUGUCACCGCCAAAGUUCUCCCUUGCCAGCACACCUUCUGCAAGCCAUGUCUCCAGAGGAUUUUCAAGGCGCACAAGGAGCUGAGGUGCCCCGAGUGCAGGACCCUGGUGUUCUGCAGCAUCGAGGCGCUGCCGGCCAACCUGCUGCUCGCGCGCCUUCUGGACGGCGUGCGGGCCGGACAGGCCUCGGGGAGAGCGGGGUCCUUCCGCCGGCCCGGCGUGCUGACCCCGCAGGACGGCAGGAGGAGCAGGACUCACCCCAGAGGUCCGCAGUGCAGUCCUUUCCGGCUGGUGCCUAACGUCAGAAUCCACAUGGAUGGGGUGCCUCGAGCAAAGGCCUUAUGCAACUACCGAGGGCAGAAUCCCGGUGACCUGAGGUUUAAUAAGGGAGAUGUCAUCCUCCUCCGAAGACAGCUGGAUGAGAACUGGUACCAGGGGGAAAUUAAUGGAGUCAGUGGAGUCUUCCCAGCCAGCUCCGUGGAGGUCAUCAAGCAGCUGCCCCAGCCACCCCCACUCUGCCGGGCCCUCUACAACUUCGACCUUCGCGACAAGGACAGGAGUGAGAACCAGGACUGCCUGACCUUCCUCAAGGAUGAUAUCAUCACUGUGAUCAGCCGAGUGGAUGAGAACUGGGCAGAAGGCAAGUUGGGAGAUAAAGUCGGUAUCUUCCCAAUCUUGUUUGUAGAGCCAAACCUCACCGCAAGACACCUCCUAGAGAAGAACAAAGGCCGUCCGUCGUCCCACACGAAAAACCUGUCCCUGGUGUCCUCCCCCUGCAGAGGCAAGGCAACCAACACGCCCACCCUCCGAAGGGGCCCGGGAUCCAGGAGGAAGGGGCCCGGCCAGUUCUCCAUCACAACAGCCUUGAACACCCUCAACAGGAUGGUGCAUUCUCCCUCGGGGCGCCACAUGGUGGAGAUCAGCACCCCAGUGCUCAUCAGCUCCAGCAACCCCUCUGUGACCACCCAGCACGUGGAGAAAGUGGAUGCUUCCCCCAGCUCCGUGGGACAGGUCAGCACCUAUCACCCUGCACCUGCCUCCCUAGGACAUUCCACGGCCAUUGUCAGUCUUCCUGGCUCCCAGCAACACCUCUCAGCUAACAUGUUUGUAGCUCUGCACUCCUACUCAGCCCAUGGCCCCGAGGAACUGGACCUACAGAAGGGAGAAGGCGUCAGGGUCCUGGGCAAGUACCAGGACGGCUGGCUCAGGGGCGUCUCCUUGGUGACCGGGCGAGUUGGCAUCUUCCCCAACAACUACGUCAUCCCCAUUUUCAGAAAGACAUCUAGCGUUCCAGACUCCCGAAGUCCUGGCCUCUACACCGCAUGGACGUUAUCCACCUCCUCUGUGUCCUCCCAAGGCAGUAUUUCAGAAAGUGAUCCCCGGCAGAGCCGGCCCUUCAAGUCUGUCUUCGUGCCCACGGCCAUAGUCAACCCUGUGCGGAGCCCAGCCAGCCUGGGGACCCUGGGGCGGAGCUCUCUCCGCAAAGGACGAGGUAGCAUGAGAAAGAGUAAGUGGUGGCAGAGAGAUGGAUCUCUGCAGAGACCCGUCCAGUCGGGGAUCCCCACCCUCGUGGUGGGCUCCUUCAGACGCAGCCCCACCAUGGUGGUCCAGCCUCAGCAGUUCCAGUUCUGCCAGCCACAGGGGGCCCCCUCCUCAGCCUCCACGGUGGUGGCAGAGCCGGGACCCAAGCCCACUCCCACCGGGGAGCCUGCCCUCACAUGCGUCAACAGGGGCAGCGACACCAGGACCCACACGGCAGCCAGCUCCCUCAUCAUGGAAGGCAAAGAAAUCCCCAUCAAGAGUGAGCCUCUCCCCAAACCGCCUGCAUCUGCCCCACCCUCCAUCCUGGUGAAGCCAGAAAACUCAAGAAGCAGCGAGAAGCAAGUCAAAACCGUGAGAUUUCAGAACUACAGCCCUCCUCCCGCCAAACACCACACCUCCGGGAAGCCUGAACAGCCAGCCACCCCAAAGGGGUCCCAGCCUGAGGCAGCCCCCGUGGGCCCGGAGAUGACCAUCCUGUUCGCCCACCGAAGCGGCUGCCACUCUGGACAGCAGACAGACCUCCGGAGGAAGUCAGCUUUUAGCAAAACCGUGACCCCGGCGUCCACUGCCUCGGCCACUCAGACGGCGUUUCCCAGCAAAUGAAUCUACAGGCGGCUUUUCCUAGACCCCAAAGAGAUCCCGCCUUGGAAACCUUCCUGGGAGGAGUAGUAAUAACGGGAUACUGAAGAGACAAACUGUCUGCUUGGAUGGAAACUCCUCGGUGCAGAGUUCUGGGCCAUGUGAUACUCCCUGGACAUCAAGGACGGUACAGGAAUACUGAUAGAUUGGCCUCCAAGACAGAAGGGGAAUAGGAGAAAAAGUAAAUCUGUCUUCCCACAAUAUCAAUGGGUGGUGGGCCAGGCUGGAGGAAACACAUGAGCCAUGUGACUUUACAGGUUACACCAGACCCUUGGCCCUCCCGUUUUUCUGUUCUGCUGUCAAAGCCAAAUUUCCUCUUGCCAAUUUCUCACACCUUGGCACCUAACCGACAAAUGAAAAGACCAGACAUCGAGUGCCUCCCAGAGAUGUGUCUGGCCUGUCGCUCCAGCUCAGAUUGGAGCAGUGCAGGGGGUGGCAUCGUAUUCUCCUCUCAGGUGUUCAAGCCACAGAGGCCAGGCUUCUUCACACUGUCCCCAGCCUUCACCCCCUCCCUUGACCACACACGCUGCAUCACUCCACCACAUCUGCAUUCUUUUCCAUUCCAAUUCCAUUCUGCCUUUUCACCCUGACACUUUCUGAUCCAGAGAGUUUUUGUUAGAAGCCCCACAGCAUUGGCUUCAUCUGCCAAGAGGUGAGUGAGGAGGCAAGAGGCCAGUGAGCCCACAGAAAGGCUGAUGCAGCAAUGACAUCUCCUCACACGUGGGCUAUGAGGGUGCCACCAGCUGUCAGUCAUCUCUUCUCUCAACUACCGUGACUAAAUGUUGGUUCCAUUUUCUCUGGUAUGAAUUCGGGUUUGGUUGGCUGCUCUUGAGCGUUGGAAGCAAUGAAUAUGGAGAUGCUGCCUUCAGAUUCUGGAAUCUACUUGUUACAACCUUGAAGCCCUACAGCUCACCUAUAGAUAGGUUUCAAUGACUUCACUUUUCAGGGCAAUCAUAGAAUGUCAGAGUUGGGAGGAAUUUUAAUUUUAUAGAUGAUAUACCAAAACAUUAGGUAUAGGCAAGCUGUCCACACAAAAGCAAGUUGUAUAAACUGGAUUGGAGAAAACAAUACAACUUGUAAUGCCCAGAAACCAUUAGUUCACAUUAGCUAAUUAUAAAUAUGUCCUUAAGGCUCUCUCGUUCAGAUUUGCUUCUUCUUAGACUGGCCUCUGCCUCUCACAUUUAGAACAGCAAGAAACCACCACUCCCAAUAUUUACACAUACUGUUUUUUUCAUCUCUGGAAUCUUUUCAUGGCUUACAGUUUCAUGGAGGGUUUCAUGAAGAUUUAGCUUUUCCUUUGAACCUGGUUAGCCAGUAAAACAAAUAUUUUUUCCCCAAAGCACAAAUUAAAGAACCUGAUUUGUUCCCAGCCAAAUUCAGAAGCUUAAGAAAAGCUCCCCCAUUCCCUAAAGUUUUCAUCUCUGGACUGUCAGCUUCAGGAUAUAGAUUUCAAAUGGCUAUGGGUCAAAAGUGGUGGAGGUGUGGGAAGGCAGAUUCAGAUGAAUUUGAGUGAUUAGAAUGAGGUCAGGCCAGAAAUGCACCUGAGAACAAUUUGCUAAUCAUUAGUUCUGAGUUUCAUCUUCUGGAAUUAUUGCUUCUUAUACUGGGUCAGGGGAGAGGGUAUUAUUUAGGUGAAAAGGGAAGAAAGAGAAAACAGAAGAAGAGAAAAUUUCACCUUUCCAUGGAAAUAUCAGCAGAAAAUCUACAGACUCUUGUGUCUCUGCUUGUUUUUUCAGUACAGUGUUUUUUAAUAGACCAAAAGAAAAUUUUUAUGAGGUAAUAUGUAUGUGAAUAAUGUUUAUAGAAGGGGUAUUACAUGUUAGUCAUUAUGGACAAUUGUAUAAAUAAACCUGUAAAAUAUAAACAUAUUUUAUAUGUUUAUAUAUAUGUAAAAUAUAUAAACAUAUAAAAAUUAUUUUAUAGGGCCAUGGACACUUUUCAUAUCUUUGUUCUAAAACAUAGAGAGUUCCAGGGCUGGCAGCUUAUUUCUUUGUUAGUAUAUGCCACUGGAAACCCAAAAGGUGUGGUGGGAUGUCAUGUGUUUGUUUUCUGGUUUUGUAAUUUAUAAUGAUCUGAAUGGAUUACUUUGAAAUGUCUGUUGCUUAUGUGUGGGUGUUGUUUGCCCACAAGGAGUUAUCAGAGAUCCUUUCCACAUUUUGUGUCUUAGAAAAUCAAAAGGAAUUUUCUAGUGAGAAGAAAAAUACAUAGAAGAAGCCUCCACCGUUGAGUAACUCAGAUUUGUACCACUGACAGUGUCUUGUAAGUCCGAGGAAAUAGACAGCUUAAGACCAAGGUUGUUGUCUCUCACUUAAACACUGGAUGUUGGAUAACUUUUCUCCUGGGAAGGAAGCACAAAUUUUUGUUAAUUUCUUUCUUCACGGAUUUGACAAGUUUUAGGGGAAACCAGAAGUCAUGGCCCUUAAGCCACCUUGCUUCAGGACAACUCUCCACCAUCCAUUUUCAAAGAACCAUCCAUGUAUUAAUUGUUUGAUAUGCCAUGAUUCAUUGGCAGACUCAACACCUUUAGAGCCCAGAGCCCACUUGUUUGGAUUUGUGGCUCUAAAGAAGUGUUAAGUUUGCUCUACCACUCAGGCUGAUCAGAAGAAGCAAAGGGAAAGUGGUGGGGGUGGAGGGGGGGCUCCCUUGUGGAGAGGUUCACUCACACCUCUAACCACCUCUGACCACAGCCGAGAGAAGCCCUGGGCCAGUAGCCAGUGCAUGAUAUGCCAUCUACUCUUCAUGCAGCGAGGGCUCAUCAUGUGAGAGAGGAGAGGUCACCCCAGUCUCCUUUGCCAAAAUUUCAUAUUGUUCCCAGAUAUAAGCUUGUGAAAUGCAAUAUGUGUUUUCGCUCAAAACAAUAAAAGAGGUUUAUUUUUCACUUAA